UCGGUGAAAUCUGUCCCCUGUGUUAUUAUUGUUGGCAAAAGAGCAGGUGCGUACUCUGUAAAGUCGUGUACACAAACAGUUUGCUACCAUCCUUUCUAAAACAAUGCCGUCGGGUAAAAAUUUUAGAAGGAGAAGAGAAAGCUCUUCGGAUGAAGAGGAAGACGAAAUAACAGCUGAAGUUAGAUCGAAACUGGACGAAGCUAAAGAACUUCAGAGUUUACGGAAAAGACAGACUGGAGUUAGCGUGGCCGCAUUGUUGGAGGGGGAGAAACUUCGCUUGGACGAAGGGGGUGAUAAUGACCCUUUUAAAUUGAAGACCGGGGGCGUUGUUGACAUGAAAAAAGUAAAAGACCGGGCCAGAGACAUGACUGAUGAUGACACAGGGGACCUUAAUCUGGGCACCUCUUUCUCUGCCGAGACCAACAGACGAGAUGAGGACGCCGACAUGAUGAAGUACAUUGAGACAGAGCUGAAGAAGAAGAAGGGCUUGGUGGAAGCGGAGGAGCAGAAGGUAAAAGUGAAGAACGCUGAGGACCUCCUGUACGAGCUGCCGGAGAACAUCCGGGUCAACUCGGCCAAGAAGACUGAAGAGAUGUUGUCCAAUCAGAUGCUGAGUGGGAUCCCUGAGGUGGACCUAGGCAUUGAUGCUAAGAUAAAGAACAUCAUCUUCACGGAGGAGGCCAAGGCCAAGCUGCUGCAGGAUCAGAGGAACAAGAAGAAGGACAACGGCACCUCCUUCGUCCCCACCAACAUCGCUGUCAACUAUGUCCAGCACAACCGCUUCUACCGUGAAGACGUGAACGCCCCACAGAGACACCACAACAGACACAAACCAAAGGAGCCAGAGGCCAGGCCUCUCCGUGUGGGUGACACAGAGAAACCAGGACCAGAGGCUGUGGAACCAGCCAACCAUCGCAAGAGGCCUAACAACGAGAAGGCCACGGACGACUACCACUACGAGAAAUUCAAGAAGAUGAACCGCAGAUACUGAGGAUAGAUUUUCCCUUUGACUGGAGAUUGGAUAAUCUCCAUUGAACAUGCUUUUUAGUCUAGGACUAGGCUUAGUAUUUUCUACAGAAAAAACAUCUCUGUCCAUUUGUAUAAAUAUCCUCUUCUGCCUUGUUUCCAGCAUUGUUGUUUUGUCUGGGACUCAAUUUAUGUAUUGUAUUCUAUCAAUAGCAUGUGAAAUGUCAUAAAUCAGAAUUAUUUGUGAUGUCACAUGUCAUUCCAUCCUUGGUUUCUACAAUAAAUGUAUCAUGUUAUUUUUGACGUAUUCUGUCAGUACAAAACCAGUAAUAGUAGCAGACUAUAUUUUUUGAUUGUUCCAGAAAUGUUUUUGUUUUUUUAAAGAUUAGAGACAGAGGCUUGAGUUUAUAAUGAUGUUUUAUUCACUUGUCUAAGUCUUCAUGAAACUAAAAGCUUACUAACUGAAAUUGCAAUAUUACAAAAACAAUGCUACAAAAGAAAUCCAAGAACAUAACAUCCAUAUACUUGCAUGACAUGCAGUCUUAUGGUCAUACAUUUAGACAAGUUUUAACAAAAAUAAAGAAAUUGGCAUCUAGUAAUGCAGCAUGUUUCUGCCACUGGGAUAACUGAAAUGUCUUUCAAACUAAAUCUCAACAAUGUACGUAAUGGGGAUAUUAGACAAAACCAAGAAGUCUUGGUCAGAUUUUGGGGAGACAGCGUUUUAAAGUUAUUUGGGCCAGCUAAUAGUCUUCACACUAGUUGCAUAAAGUAUUAUUUCUAAUAUUGUCCAAACUUUUAAAAAUGAAUAACAUACUUUAUCCAUUUGGUCGGAUACGUUGCUACAGAGCUUACAGCAUUUAUAAACUGUUACAAUUGAUUACCACACCUUUUCUUGUUUUAUCGGAGAAGCAACCUGAGAUGGAUUACCAUUAUUGAUUGAAUAAAGUAUGCGUGAAAUUUG